UUUUUCUUCUUCAUUGAACUGGUCUCUUUAUUUCUCUUCUUCAGGACUCUUCUCUUUCUCUCUUCAUCAGUUUCUUUCAUGGGCACAGAUCAGACACAUUCAUUAACUCCAAGCAUUUAAGAGCCGCACGAGAACCCUGCAUGUUUCACCUUCCUUAAUUUUCUUCAUUUGUUUUUGUCUAGCUUCUACCAUUACAAGCUCAUCUUUCACCUCUUUCAACUCUAAGUUUCCUGGAUCAACCUCAAGUUUAAGAGACCCUCUACAGGAGAAUUGGCAGAGAGGGACAGGCAUAAAUUAAGAUGCCACAGGAAACAAAUUACUCCAGUUCAAUUUUAACCUCUCCUUGCAAGAAUUUGAGAGGAUUAAAGUCUUUGGUAUCAAACAAUGAAGCUUCUUCAUACACUGAAGAGAUUAUUAAUGACUAUGAACUUGCUCAAAGAAAAGCUGAAGAAGCAGCUGCAAGGAGGUAUCAAGCAGCUGAAUGGCUAACGCAGAUGGACCAAGGUGCAUCAGGGGUCCUACCCAAAGAACCCUCUGAAGAAGAAUUUCGCCUUGCUCUUCGCAAUGGCCUCAUUUUGUGCAAUGUGCUUAACAAAGUCAAUCCUGGAGCUAUUCUUAAGGUGGUGGAAAAUCCAAUUAUUGCUGUUCAGUCAACAGAGGGAGCAGCACAGUCUGCAAUUCAGUAUUUUGAGAACAUGAGGAACUUCCUUGUGGCUGUUAAGAAUAUGCAGCUCUUGACUUUUGAAGCAUCUGACUUGGAAAAGGGAGGCUCAUCAAGUAAAGUUGUGGAUUGCAUUCUUUGUUUGAAAGGAUAUUAUGAGUGGAGGCAAUCUGGAGGAAUUGGGGUGUGGAGGUAUGGAGGGACUGUCAAGAUCACUUCCUUCCCAACCCGCCCACCCUCCUUGGUUGGUAGUGAAAGCGCUGAUGAUUCCUUUGAUGAAUCUGAAUCAUCACAAUAUGAACAACUAUUGGAGUUUCUUCAUUUUUCCAAUGAGGUCUCCAUUGAAGAAUCCAAGACUGCAAAUGCUCUGGCAUUCCUUUUUGAUCGUUUUGGACUUCGACUUCUACAGGCUUACCUUAGAGAGACUAAUGGGAUGGAAGAGUUUCCUUUGAAUGCAAUGGUUAUUGAUACUUUACUCAGCAAGGUAGUUAAGGAUUUCUCAGCAUUGCUGGUUUCCCAAGGCACUCAACUUGGACUGUUCUUGAAAAAAAUUUUGAAAGGUGAAGUUGGCCCUCUAACAAGAGCUGAUUUUAUGGAGGCCAUUUCGCAAUAUCUUGGUCGGAAAGCUAGUUUGGUAUCUGGUGAUUUCUCCAAAUUCUGUGUUUGUGGUGGGAAACGUGAAGUUGUUCAACAUACAGUUAAUCAAUGUACAGGUCAUGAAGAAGUGAUUGAUUUUCAAGAGAAACAACUUCAGGAGUUGAAACAACAAUAUCAGGAAACAAAAGAAGAAGUCCAACAAAUUCAAUCAAAUUGGGAGGAUGAACUCAAUCGUCUUGAACAUUAUAUUAAAAAUCUUGAAGUGGCCUCUUCUUCAUACCAGAAGGUUUUAGAGGAAAACCGAGUACUUUACAAUCAAGUCCAAGAUCUUAAAGGAACAAUAAGAGUUUACUGUAGAGUUAGGCCAUUUUUACCAGGGCAAUCCUAUGGACAAUCAACUGUUGAUUAUAUUGGUGAAAAUGGAAAUAUCAUGGUUGUAAAUCCUUUCAAACAAGGCAAAGAUGCAAGAAAGAUGUUCUUAUUCAAUAAGGUGUUUGCACCAAAUGUCUCACAAGAGCAAAUAUAUGUCGAUACUCAACCAUUGAUCAGGUCGGUUCUGGAUGGUUAUAAUGUCUGCAUAUUUGCAUAUGGACAGACUGGCUCCGGAAAAACAUAUACGAUGAGUGGCCCAGAUUUAACAACAGAGGAGACAUGGGGUGUAAACUACCGAGCUCUGCGUGACUUAUUUCAAAUAUCAAAGACAAGGGGCGACGCUAUAAAGUAUGAGGUUGGAGUCCAGAUGAUUGAAAUAUACAAUGAACAAGUUAGAGAUUUGUUAGUCAGUGAUGGCUCCAAUAGAAGAUUAGACAUACGUAACACUGCUCAGUCGAAUGGCCUUAAUGUACCAGAUGCAAGUUUGAUUCCUGUUGCAAGCACUGAAGAUGUUCUUGAUUUGAUGAAAAUUGGCCAGAAGAAUCGUGCUGUUGGCGCCACUGCUCUAAAUGAGCGAAGCAGUCGUUCUCACAGUGUUUUGACAGUUCACGUCCUGGGAAAAGAAUUAGUCACAGGAUCCAUUCUUAAGGGUUGCCUUCAUCUAGUGGAUUUGGCUGGAAGCGAAAGAGUUGAUAAAUCUGAAGCAGUUGGUGAGAGGUUGAAGGAAGCUCAACAUAUAAACCGAUCACUUUCAGCGCUUGGAGAUGUCAUCUCAGCUCUUGCGCAAAAGAGUACACAUAUUCCUUACAGGAACAGCAAGCUUACUCAAGUAUUGCAGGAUUCUCUAGGUGGGCAAGCGAAAACAUUAAUGCUUGUGCACAUAAAUCCUGAAUCAAAUGCAAUUGGAGAGACCAUUAGUACACUCAAGUUUGCCGAGAGGGUGUCCUCCAUAGAACUUGGUGCUGCCAAAUCCAACAAAGAAAGUGGUGAAAUUCAAGAACUUAAAGAAGAGAUAUCAAACCUCAAACAACAAUUAGAGAGAAAGGAGGCGGAGUUGGAACAACUAAAAGGUGCAAGUACAAGAAACACAACAGAAACUCAAAAACCAAGAGCAGUUUCGCCUUUUCAAGUGCCAAAAUGCGGUAUCAGUGGUAACUUGAAGCCUGAUUCAAAUCAAAUUGAGGCCAGAAGCUGUUCUUCAGGCAAGCAAAGGAGGUCAAGAUUUCCUUCCGCCUUCACGGACAAGGAACAACUACCUAGAAUGCCUCUUUCGUCUGAAGAUAGAAUAGUAGAGUCUUCAAAGACAAGAACACCAUCCCCUUCUGUUAGAAGAUCAAUAUCAACUGAUAGAGGAGCUGUUAUCAGAAACAGGGUGAAGGCUGAAACAAUUGAGAACCAACCAGUUGGUCGAGUUCCAUUUCCUGCCAGAGUACCAGUCAAUAAGUCCAUUGCAGUAUUACCAUCAGUCACACAGUCAACAGAUAACAACAACUCCAAGGUAUAUAUAGGUCCACAAGAAACAAAAAAGCAGGAUAAUGUAUCAGAUACACUGUCCAGCCUCCAAAAGGUCACCUCGCGAAGAGUUUACCCAGAUCAUGAAGAUGACCAAUUCAGGCAAGCACUUAAUAUAAGACAAGGUGGCAUCAGAAAAAGCAAGCCAGAGAGCAAGGCAAAGUCGAAGCAUCAACUGCCAUCUAGGAUCCAGAAAUCUGAUACGGGGAUUUCAUUGCUUUCUGAUAUUGAUGCUGGUGAAAAGAUUGAGGAGGCUAGAACAAAUGACUUCUCUGAGAGAGAAAAUGAGGUUCUACUUGUGCCAGCGGUGAAUGAUGCCUUGAAGGCAAAGAAAGUUCGACAAAACUUCUCAAGGAAUUCACAAAAUCUUGAACCAAGGGGACAAGUGCAGCAAGCAGAACCAGCUUUGGCUGCAAAACACGAAAACAAGCUUCCAAUUGGUCAAAAUCAGCAAGCAAAGGAAGGAAGCAACACAUCAAUGCCGGAACUUAGGAGGAGUCGAUCAACUCCUCGAGGAAAGUUUUUGGUAAUGCCUUGAGGAUUCACAGUAUACAGAAAUGAAAUUCAUUGCCACCAAUAAUUUUAUUAUUUUUUGUACAUUCACUGUUCACGUUGGAGUCUUGAGUUGCAUAAUAUUUUUACUUUUCAACCAGAAUUCUGAGCAUGUUUUGGAGAUUGAAUUGUGGAACUUCUUCCUCUAUAGUGGAAUAUAAAAUAUAUAUGUAUUUUCUUA